UGGAUCCCUAGUCGCCAGGAUGGCUGGUGAUCCAGCAGCUUUAACACGUCUUGCAACUGAGGUGGACGGCCUCAUUCGGCGAUGCUCAAUGCAGUCCUCUGCCCCAGGGGGGCCAGUUUCCACAGCUGGCCCAUCUUCGCCUGCAUCUUCAUCUUCUAGUGAAGAUGGGGGAGAGGCAUUAGUUGCUGGGGUUUCAGUGCGGGCUUCUCAGCCAUCACCGCCCCCGGUCUUACCUGUUGCGCAGGUUGGUUCACGGGGGCCGAGACGUACCACACGCCGUUCGGCUGGGAGGCAGACCCUUAUGGCAUCUCCCACCUGGGUGGUUUCGCCUACUCAGUCUACUGCGGAUGCAUUGUCAGGGCCUAGUCAUUCACGUAGGGUCUCUUCUCAGUCUGUUCCAGGUACUUCACAGCAGGCAGUAGACUCGGAGUCCUCGGCUGAGGAUAGUCUUCCUACUCCUGUGAGAACAUCAUCUGGGGGGCAUCGUCGCCACAAGAAGAGUGCCAAGAAGCGUGCCAAGAGGAGGAAGGCUGACACUUCAUCUUCUUCUUCUUCCGGUCUCGCUCCAGUCCGUAUCUGGAUUGUGGGGCACAGCAUCGUUUACUGGGCUGGCAUCAGAGCGAGGCAGUCUGGAAGGGGACCGGAUCUUGGCUUCCCACAGCACGUACAGGUGUCGUGGAUAUCCAGACGGGGAAUGCGGUGGAGUGAAUUCAUCCCACUAAUUAAGCGGAGGGUGCUUUUACAUGGUCCCCCUUUGGCAAUUGUGGUGCAGUUGGGGGAGAAUGAUAUAGCAAAGGUUGAUUGCUAUACUUUGCGCUCCACAAUUCAAAGAGACUUGGGGGAGUUGGUGACCUUAAUACCUACCGUUAAAAUAUUUUGGUCACAAUUGCUGCAAAGGAGCAAUUGGCAGGGCAUUUCUCAACCCAAGGCUGCUGAAAGGGCCAGGAAGCGCAUUAAUUCCGCAGUGAGCAAAAGGGUAACGGAAUUGGGUGGGUUGGUGAUUUACCACCCAGAUAUUACCUUCAAGGCUCUGGCCCUUUACCGCAAUGAUGGGGUACAUCUUUCCGAGCUGGGGAAUGAUGUCUGGUUGGAUGCGGUAAUUGAAGGGUUGAAGAAUGGGUUGGGAUUGUGAGUGGUUGGCGGCGAGCAUAAAGGGCUCGAUUGGCGGUUAGGCAUUGGUUAUAAAUCUGGUGGAGGAGGGGUUAGGAUAGGCUGGGCCUGCCCCUCCAUGGUUGCUGCGGAAAGGGAAUUCCGUUAAAGGAAUCCUGGGGCUUGCCAUCUUUUCGUCCAAUCCCUGGAAUGGGACUAGGGCCGGCAAGCCUUCGGGGAGCAGGCGGGUGA